AUGGCCCCGUUGCGGCCCCGAUAUCUUCGAAGUUCUCUUGAGAAGUUACAACAAAGGGCAUACUCGUCACCAGCUUCUCCUCCCACUUCUCCGUUUGCCCCUCGCCAUCUACUCUCCAUCGCUGAUCUUACUUCCGCUGAACUCACGAGCCUGGUACGCAAUGCCGAGAGCCAUAAAAGAGCGGUCAAAUCUGGGUCCGUUCCGGCAUCGUUGUUUGGAGCAUUGACGGGCAAGACCGUCGCUAUGACCUUCAACAAAAGAAGUACAAGAACUCGUGUAAGCACUGAAGCCGCCGUGGCUACGUUAGGAGGUCAUCCCAUGUUUCUCGGGAAAGAUGAUAUACAAUUAGGGGUAAAUGAGUCAUUGCACGAUACGAGUACCGUCAUAAGUUCCAUGGUCGCUGCUUGGGUAAUGAGAUGCGGACCCCAUUCCGAUAUCGUACAAGUUUCAAAGACUUCUUCAGUCCCUAUUAUCAACGCUCUAUCGGACGAUUUUCACCCUAUGCAGACUGUCGCAGACUUUUUAACAAUUAAGGAGGCGUUCUCUUCGAGUCGAACACCGCAAAGAUCAACGACACCCGGUCUUGGACUGGAAGGCCUGAAGAUAGCAUGGGUGGGUGAUGCCAAUAACGUAUUAUUCGACCUCGCUAUAGCAGCGCUCAAACUCGGAGUCGACUUAUCUGUCGCCACUCCCAAGGGUUAUGAGAUCCCACAGAGAAUGAAGGAGAUAAUACAAGAGUCUGGAAAAGAUGCACGGUUACAGGGAAAGCUCACCGAGACAAAUCUACCUGAAGAAGCUGUAAAGGACGCUGAUAUCCUGGUGACCGAUACGUGGGUGUCAAUGGGUCAAGAAGCAGAGGCGAAGAAGAAGAUCAAGGCUUUUGAAGGCUUCCAAAUCACGAACGCUCUGGCGGAGAGGGGAGGUGCAAAGCCAGGUUGGAAGUUUAUGCAUUGCUUACCUCGACAUCCGGAGGAAGUGGCCGAUGAAGUUUUUUACAGUCCCAGAAGCUUGGUCUUUCCUGAAGCAGAAAAUCGGUAG